AUGGUCAUCGCAGGCGAGCCAGAGCCGGAGGAGGUGGCCGUCAUGUUCUCCGAUAGGUUGAGGGCGGAGGAGGAGACCGUCGUCUUCCCCGGUUGGGUGAUGCUGGAUCGCAUCGGCCGCACCCACUGCGACGGCGACCUAGGAGCUGCUCGUGAGGCUGUCAACGGGAACAAGACCGCCGUUCAAGUCGAGAUGGACAGCGGCCACUCCUUCUACGUGUCCUUCACCCUCGCGCCUCCUCCACAAGGGGCCUCUUACCUUGAUCUCCACUGGCCGCUGGAAGGCUCAGCCAAAUCCGUGCCCCCCUACAAGCAGCCUGCCUAUCCCUUCGUCCGGGCAAUCGACAAGGACCUCGUCCUCUUCCACAUCUCCAUCCCGAGCCUGCCUCACCGCAACUUCGUCCCGCCAGAUCUGUUCGUCUACAAUGCCGCUGGUCACCCCCCCUCGGUGCAGCAGCUCCCUCUGUACAGGAGAAGGUCAUUCCUCAGGGUUAACUUCACCACAGGCAUCCUGCGGCGCCAAAACGGCAGCUACAUCGUUUCCGACCUCAAUGUCUACCCAAAAAAGGAGGGCACUGGUAAUAAUUCCAUGUGCGCCGAACUCUGCGUCUUCAACUCCAAUACACGGGCGUGGAGCUUCUUCAGCAAGGAUGCUCCGCAGCCCCAGGACCAGAGCAAUGGCCAGUUCCCCACCCUCUGGUCAACCGACCAUGUGCUUGCUUUUGACGGCCGUUUCCUGUGCUGGGUUGACUACUUCAGCGGUGUCCUGCUAUCCGACUUCUCCAAUCUGCGCUCCCGGGUGCUCCACUUCGUCCCUUUCCCUGGAAAAGGAGAGUACCCUGCUAAGGUACGGGUUCAAAGGUGCUUCCCAGACAGAUUCCGAAGCGUGUCCAUCAGCAACGGCAAGAUGUGCUUCGUCCACAUUGACAAUGACUUCCAUGAGAGAAUCCACACUGGCUCGCAAGGGCAGCAGCCUCGCAAAAAAAUCACCAUUUGGACUUUGAACAUGAUGGAUGGUAACUCCAGGUUCAAGUGGGAGCCACAUCGUGUGAUCUACCUGGAUGGUCUUUUGCCAAAUCCUCACCGUCUUCCCGAGUUCCCUAUCAUCAGCGCAGAUGACCCGGAUGUUCUGUGCUGCCUCUUAAGGAAGGAGGAAUUUCAUGGUGAGGCCUCCAUGGUCAUGAUUGACAUGGAGCAUGCACGUCUGCGGUCGUCUACUCCAUAUAUCAAUCGACAGUCUGUGGAUGAGAAGGCUCACAAAAACGAGUUUCUUGAUAUGCCCCUACUUCCAACUGUCUUCUCCAAACACAUUGAAAGGCCAACAGGGAUGCCAUGGGACAACCACAAGCUUGCAACUCGUCCUUCAAAGAAGCUUAAGUCUGCAAUGUGA